AUGGGAGCAGUUCUGGCACCCGCGCCGGUUCAUCUUCUUCGACCCAAACUACCACCAGAACAUCGUCACGCUGUACAGCAUGGUGUCGACCAAAAACGCGACGCCGUGCGUGGGCCCGGAGAUCCAGGUCACCGACUACUACUGGGACAACGACUUCUGUCUGGGCCAGUACAUCGAGCACCUCUGUGUGAACGCGUCCCAGAUGUGCACAGAAGGGUGCGGGCUGACGAUGAAGGAGCACUUCCGGUCGUACGUGCACGGCAGCGGCAAGGUGGAUGUCGUGGUGGAGACGAACCCGAAGCCGUUGCAGGGCUGCGAGAACAUGAUCAUGGCGUGGAGUCUGUGCAAGAGCUGCCAGAACACGACGCCGGUGCUUCCGCUGAGCGACAACGCGUGGAAGUACUCGUUUGGCAAGUACCUGGAGCUAUCCACUACUUCAGUUUCCAGAACCUGGCUGUGCGCGUUGAGUACUCGGAGGUGGAAAUCCUGGAGCUGGUGCCGCCCAAGUUCCAGCUUUUCUGGAAGCCCGAGUACGACCUGCACAUCAAGGUGCAGACGUACAAGCAGGUGGUGAAGCGGACGACGGUGUUUUUCGAGAGCGUGCGGAGCCGGCUGAACCGGCUGAAGCUGGACAGCAUGACGGAGGACCGGAUCGAGGCAGCGCAGCAGCGGGUGCUGGAGCUGAAGAAGCGCGUCGACCAGCAGCAGACGGCGAUGCUCCAGCUGGCCGAGGACAUCUACCGCACGACGCCGGUUUCGGGCCACCUGCGGCUGACGGGGGUGAUCCGCGAGGUGCAGGAGCUGUCGAACGAGUGGAAUUUCGAGUUCCAAGAGUUCGAUAAGGAUUUUCUGCCGACAGAGAAGGAAAUCAAGAAAAUCACGGCGUUCCAGCUGGACCGGCUGUUCAAGGUGGGCGGCGACAAGCCGGGCGAGCUGGCCGAGAAGGAGAAGGAGGAGGAGAAGGAGGAGAAGGAGGAGGAGGGAGCAGGCACGCGGCGACGCGGCAAUCUGGUGCUGGAAAAAAUCCAGGAGCUGCAGCAGGGCAGCAGCGAGCUGCAGAACCACAUUCUGGAGACCGGCGACCGGGUGCUGCCGCGGCUGGCGGAGCUGAACAGCGAGGGCAAGGUCAAGAAGCUGGCGGAGUAUUUCGACGCACAGGAGUUUUUCCGGCAGCGCGAGGAGGAGAAACGCAAACUGCAGGAGAACAGCUACCGGCACAAACUGGUGGCGUCGCGCCCGACGGUGGAGGUGUACAAGAACGUGAAGGACGCGGUGGAGGAGGAGCGCGCCGAGUCGGACAGGCGGGAGGAGCCGAAACAGCAGCCGGCGCAGCCGCAGCAGCCGCAGACGCAGCCGGAAAAAUCGUCGCUGCUCAAGUCGCUGACGCAUUUCUGGGCCGACCGGUCGGCGACCCUGUGGGAGCCGUUGUCGUUCCCGCUGGGCCCGACAGAGCACAUCUUUGUCGACUCGGACGUGAUUGUCCGCGAGGACGAGCCAAGCUCGAUUAUCGCGUUCUGCUUGAACACGGCAGAUUACGGCUCCAAGCUGUACUACCAGGAAAAGCAGCAGCAGCAGGACGAGACCGACGACGGCGACUCUGCGUCGGCGCGGUCGGAACAGGAGACCAAGCAGAGCGCGCCCAGCAGCCACACGGGCGCCGGCACCGCGUGCUCGCCCGACCUCGAGAAAAUCAUGCUGAAAAAAGGCUUCCAUCUGAAGUACCAGUUUGAGGAAGGGUACUCGACGAUAUCGUGCAAAAUCUUCUUUGCCGAGCAGUUCGACGCGUUCCGCAGGCAGUGCGGCGUGAGCACCAAGUUCGUCGAGAGCCUGUCGCGGUGCGUGAAAUGGGACUCGACGGGAGGCAAGUCCGGGUCGGCGUUUCUCAAGACGCUCGACGACCGGUUCAUCAUCAAAGAGCUGAGCCGGUCGGAGCUGGAGGCGUUUGUGCAGUUUGCGCCGAGCUACUUCGAGUACUUUGCUCAGGCGCUGUUCCACAGCCUGCCCACGGUGCUCGUCAAGAUCUUCGGAUUCUACCAGAUCCAGGUCAAGACCAACAUGCCGGGAGCGCGCUCGUACACGAUGAACGUGCUCAUCAUGGAGAAUCUCUUCUACAACCGCAAGAUGACGCGGAUAUUCGACCUGAAGGGCUCGAUGCGCAACAGACACGUCGAACAGACCGGCAAGGAGAACGAGGUGCUGCUGGACGAAAACAUGGUGGAGUACAUCUACGAGUCGCCGCUGUUUGUGCGCGAGAACGCCAAACGGCUGCUGCGCGCGUCGUUGUGGAACGACACGCUGUUUCUCGCCAAGAUGAACGUGAUGGACUACUCGCUGGUGGUGGGCAUAGACUCGGAAAACAAGGAGCUGGUGGUGGGCAUUAUCGACUGUAUCCGCACGUUCACCUGGGACAAGAAGCUGGAGAGCUGGGUCAAGGAAAAGGGCCUGGUAGGCGGUACCGGCGUUGGCAAGGAGCCGACGGUGAUCACGCCGAAACAGUAUAAGAACCGGUUCCGCGAGGCGAUGGAGCGGUACAUUCUGAUGGCGCCGGGGCCGUUCUACACCAGCACGUGA